ACGCCGCUCUCCUCCAUCUUUACGCACGGCCAAUGUUUACGCUGCGCUUGUGUCCGGGAGCUGAACCUGCCGCGGCUCUCGGUCUCUGCUGCGGCUCUCGGCGCUCGGCUCGUGUCUGGUCCCGCUGAAACUCCUCCGACUCCCCGCGCGCUGUUCUCCAGACAAGAGGACACUUCAUCCAUGCAUUUGUGUCCCGGGCCGCGGCACACCGCCUGUGGCCGCAGCCAUGUCCGCCCGGAGUGCGACGGCUGGCGGCGGUGACAGAGCGGCGGGCGAAGCGGCAGACGAUGUCCUGGGGGAGGAGAACUCGUCCAUGUGUCUGUCCGACCUGAUGAGCUCCUCCUCGGCUCCCGUGUCCUUAAACAUGGAGUUGCCGCGGAAACGCAAAGGGAGCACCGACCAGGAACCCAAACCUGCCUCCAUGUUCGAUGAAGAUAUGGAAGACGACGGGUCGGACGGAGAGGACCAACACGUGAAAAUCAAAUGCUGCAGGGAACCACACAGUCAAAUAGAAAAGAGGAGACGAGUCCGAAUGAACAACCUGAUCGACAAACUGUCCACCAUGAUCCCCAUCCCCAACCCCAUGUCCCGCAAACUGGACAAGCUGACGGUGCUGAGGAUGGCCCUGCAGCACCUGCGCUCGCUCAAAGGUUCAGGAAGUUCGUUCUCUGAGGCCAGUUACAAGCCGUCAUUCCUCCCUGACGAGGAGCUGAAACAUCUGGUGCUUAAGGCUGCAGACGGGUUCCUUUUCGUCGUGGGCUGUGAUCGUGGAAAAAUCUUGUUUGUCUCCGAGUCCGUGACAAAGAUCUUAAAUUAUAGUAGGGCCGAGCUGAUCGGACAGAGUUUGUUUGAUUACAUUCACCCCAAGGACAUGAGCAAAGUGAAGGAGCAGCUGUCUGCGUCUGAGCUCUACCCCCGAGAACGACUCAUCGACGCCAAAACCGGUCUCCAGGUCCAGGCCGACCUCCCCGUGGGCACCUCUCGUCUCUGCUCCGGGGCGCGACGCUCUUUCUUCUGUCGAAUGAAGUACAAUAAAGUGUCAGUGAAAAUGGAGGAGAAGGAAUUUCAAGCUGGAACCUCCAAAAAGAAAGAGUCCCAGAAGUACUGCACUGUCCACUGCACAGGAUACAUGCGCAGUUGGCCCUCCAGCCAGCUGGGGGGCGACGGAGAGGCCGAGGCCGAUAAGGACAGCUCUCACUUCAGCUGUUUGGUGGCUCUGGGUCGGAUCCACGCCCACUCCUCGCCUCAGGUCAACGGAGAGGUCCACAUCAAGCCCAUGGAGUUUGUGACGCGCUACGCCAUGGACGGGAAGUUCACCUUUGUCGAUCAAAGGGCGACCACCGUGCUGGGGUACCUGCCUCAGGAGCUGCUGGGCACUUCAUGUUACGAGUACUUCCACCAGGACGACUGGGCGCAUCUGGCCGACCGCCAUCGAAAGGUCCUACGAAGCAAAGAGAAAAUAGAAACAAACUGCUAUAAAUUCAAAACAAAACACGGCUCCUUCGUCACCCUGAGGAGUCUGUGGUUUAGUUUCGUCAACCCCUGGACCAAAGACGUGGAGUACAUCGUGUCCACAAACACCGUUAUAUCUCACGAUCACAGUCGACCGAGCCAAUCAGGAAGCAGGUCUGGACAAUCAACCAACUCCAAGACGUCGGAAGAUGGAAAGAAAUGUGUGGUUCCUUGGAGCUCUUCUCCGGGAGCCAUGAUUUUUCCCGGAAGCAUCGGGGUCCAAAUCGCAAACGAGCAGCUGGACCACAACAGGAUCAACUCUUCUCCCUCCAGCGGCACCGUGAGUCCUUUCAGUCUCCCACCGGACAAAUCUCCACAAACUCACCACCAAGUCACCAACAAUGUGCCAAACGGAGAGGCCACGGACAUGGAGAAACCUGGGAAGUCUAAUUCUGAGGAGGAAGCACAGGGGGCGGCGUUUUCAGGAGGAGACGCGCUCAUGGGGAAUGAGAACGGUGAAUCGUCGCAGCUGGACUUGGACAACGAUGAAGCCACCAUUUCGGCGAUCAUGCGCUUCCUGGCGACGGACACCAACCUGGGCACAGACUUUGAAGAGAUGCACUGGUCUUUAAUUUAAUACUUUUCAAAGAUUAUUAACACAUAGGUACAUUUUGAUUUUUCAACAAGAAGACACAAGCUCGUCCCGGCUAGUGCCCCUCAGGACUCACACCAUAGACCUCAACAGACCAACACCUCUCACCUGCAGCUCAACGACUCAACAGCUCAAACUCACAACUCCUUUUUCCUGUAAUCUUGAAUUUUUGUUGUUUUGAAAGAACUUUUUGGGGCUGCGUACUGUCUCAAAGGGAUUCGCUGUUCGGUAUUUUAAAGCUGCAUCGUGUCACUUUUCCGGUGGAGGCUUCAUCGAACGCUUGGAGAUGUUAUUGCUUUGUCUGAAGUAGGGAUGGGCACGAUUAGUCGAUUAAUCGAUAAUUGAUCAUUAAGAAUUUCAUCGAUUAGGUCGGUCACACUAACCCAGGGGUGGGCAAACUACGGCGUAUUAUGUCGCAGUGCUUUAUGGGAAAGUGUUCUUUCGGAUUAUAGUGACAGGAGUCAUUUUCGGGCGGUUUAUUCGGACCAUGAGUGAGGUAGAAGUGUUCAAGACAUUACACUGCACUGUUUCCAUGGUGAGUGGGUUUAAAGUAAAGUUAAAAGACCUUAUAGACAAUGUGUUAUAGACCUUAACACGUGGAACAUCUAAUGGAUCUGGUUUUACUGUACGUGAAAGUGUUAAUGCGUGUACCCUCGUGGCAUGGACUCUGUUUUUCAAUGAGAUCAAAGUUCUCAGGACUCGCGCUCGCCUGUGGUGUGCCGUGGAGCAGACCUCAUUCACUUUCCAUGAAUUCUGAAGAUUACGCGUCCAAACGUUGCAGCGCGUAGUGCAGAAUACGUUCUUUAUGAGCGUAAAUAUGAGUGCAGUGGAGCCGGGCUCUUUACACGUCAUGUCCUGUCUCGUCUCUAGAACCGUAUGUGGCCCCCGAGCCAAAAAGUUUGACCACCCCUGCACUAACCUGUUUUCCACUGAGUCGUGUCCUUAAAUCCGACAGAAGCUGAACUGCGUCAGUGCACAGUUCUUCGCUUAGUUUAUGGAAAUUAGCCUUGAGGUUUUAAGUUUAGUUUCUGUGAGACUUGGAUAAAUCUGCAUUAAACACAUUAUAAUGUCAAACGGGCUGAUGUGGCUCUAAAGUGGUCACGAUUUAUAUGUCGUAAAGUUGAAUUUAUUUAUGCAGAUUAGCAGUGCAGAUCGUAAUAAUAAUGAUGAUAAUUUUAAUGAUUAAUCGAUAAUCAAUCUUUAAUUCUCCCGACGAUCGAUUAAAAAAAUUGAAUCGAAUGCCCAUCCCUAGUCUGGAAUGUUUUGCUUUCUGUCUUCACGGAGACCAAACCAGACCAAGUUUACAGGUCAGAUCUGCGGAACGCCUGUGUUUUCGAGCUGUAAAACCGCCCCUAACUGACAUUGAACAGCUCUAACUUUCGAUUUUUUUCACACGGCGGAACAUUCCUGCAGAACAAUGACGCGUUUAAGGAAGCGGGAAGGUGACGGGCGGGCGGCCGAAAAGCGACACGAUGCGCCUUUUAAGUCUGAAGAAGUCAGUGCUGAAGCUGAAACUGAAGCUGAGUAAAGACAAAAAGCAUAAAGGUAUAUUUUUAUGAAUACAAAUUAACUGUUAGUAAGAUUAUGUCUAUGAUAAGAGUAGUUCUACGAGGACUAGGCUCUGUUCACGGUUACAGAAAGAUGUUUGGCGAAAAAAAAAAAAAAAAACGUGCGGAUGACGACGUCCGGUGUAGAGAUCGAUACUGCGAGGAUUCAGGAGCAGCGUCUUAACGACCUGACAAAGAUUUACAUGAAUGACGGGACUCGAAUAGACCUUUAAGUGUCUCGUUUUAGGUUUGUGGAACUUCGGUUUAAUGGUUUUCUGGCAAAAUGUGUGUGUAAAUGUGUGUCGUGUUCUACUUUAAGUGAAUCCGUGUAUCGUUCGUUCAUUUGCUUUUCAAAAUAAAACCAAAACCUUCAUUAUUUGUCUCCAAAACCAAAAUGGAAAUAACGAUAAUGAUUUGUUUUUUCAGUUUUCAAUUUUGUGCUUAAAUGAAAAAUGGAAAAAAACGGAUAAUGGACUGAACCAGGACUAAAACAGGACUGAACCAGGACUGAACCAGGACUAAACCAGGACUAAACCAGAAGUGUCAGGACGGGCCUGGAGUUGCGCCCACGUACACUGUUGAGUGAUCAAGACUGAAACCGGGACCAGACCACGACCAGACUGGGACCAGGACUGAGACCAGUUCAGUCCUGAUUUAGUCUUGUUUUAGUCCUGGUUCAGUCCUGUUUUUUUCCAUUAUUCAUUUAAACACAAAAUCGAAAACUGAAAAAAAAACAAAUCAUUAUCUGUUUUUUCAUUUUGGUUUUGGAGACAAAUAAUAAAGAAAAUUGUUGUUUUUUUGUUUUCUUAUGUUUGAUUUUAUUUUGAAAAAUGAAUGAACGAAUGAUACACGGAUUAAAGGGAUAGUUCAGGUUUUUUGACAUGAAUCUGUGUCAUCCCCAUGAGCGGCGUUGUGCAUCCACACUGACUUACCCCGAAAGCGUCCGGUGAGCCGAGAUACUGGCCGU